UUCAUUUAUUUCAUUUCUGAACAACACUUAGAUUUUAGUUUUUUGAUUCAGACACAUUUUUUUGAAUAAAAAAAGCAUCCAGUCCACUUCAUACCAUGUCUGAACUGGGUUCUGGCUGCAGUGUUCAUACCAUGUCUGAACUGGGUUCUGGCUGCAGUGUUCAUACCAUGUCUGAACUGGGUUCUGGCUGCAGUGUUCAUACCAUGUCUGAACUGGGUUCUGGCUGCAGUGUUCAUACCAUGUCUGAACUGGGUUCUGGCUGCAGUGUUGCAGUCCAGACAAGCUCACAACAGGGUCCAGAGAUGGCAUCAGUGAAGCUGGAGGACUGCAAUAAAACACUGGAGCUCAAUGUGAUUGUCAAAGAGGAGGAGGAGGAGCGAGAAAUCGAGGAGGAGGAGGAGGAGGAAGAAGAGGAUGAGGAAGAUAGUGACAUUGACUCUGAUAUGGAAGAAGAGGAGGACCAGAAAGGAGGAGGUGUGGCUAACCCAGGACUUGUUAUUGUUAAAAGAGAGGAUGAGGAGGAGAGGGACAGAGAGAAGGAUGAAGAGGAGGAGGAGGAAGGUGUGGAUAGGACCAAGCCAGGAGAGGGUGCCAGCUCUGACCCAGACAGCCUUGGGGACCCUGACCCGGAGAGACCGUACCUCUGCUCCCAGUGCGGCAAGCGGUUUACUGCAGCCAGCAGCUUGAAGAUACACAUGAUGACCCACAGCGGAGAGAAACCCCACCAUUGUUCCGUUUGUGGGAAGGCCUUCUUGCGAUCCUAUGACCUGAGACGACACCAGGUGGUUCACAAAGGAGAGGUUGCCAGAUCUGACACAGACCUCUCUGAGAAGCACCACCGCUGCUCCGAGUGCGGAAAGAGGUUCCUCACAAAGACGCGGCUGAACAGACAUGCGCUGAUUCACAGCGGAGAGAAACCACAUCAGUGCUCUGUCUGCGGGAAGUGUUUCUUACGACCCGACGACCUGAGGAGACACAUGACCAUCCACACCGGAGAGAAAACCAAGCACGUCUGCCAUCCGUGUGGGAAAACCUUCACCUUGCUACGGCACCUCAAGAUCCACCAGCGAGUCCAUACAGGAGAGAAACCAUACCACUGCUCCAAGUGCCCGGAGAGUUUCGCCCACCUGUUGGAGUAUAGGAAGCACAGACAGACCCACCGUAUCGAGAAACCAUACCACUGUGAUGACUGUGGCAAGAUGUUCUCCCACUUCAGAACCCUCAAGGUUCAUCGUCUGAUCCACACAGGAGAGAACCUCCACCACUGCUCCUACUGCGGGAAGGGCUUCACAAUCAGAGGGAACCUCAACACCCACCUACUGACCCACACGAAGGAGAAACCGCAUCAGUGCCCCAUCUGCGGACAACGCUUCGCCAGAUCCCAGUGCCUGAAAAAACACAAGCUCAAGAAGUUACACAUGGAAGAGGUCCUCUACCACAUCUGCGACUGCGGUAAGAGCUUCACGGAUGUAGAGAAGCUGCAGACGCAUGCAAGGACACACUUGAAGAACCUUGAGAAGAGGUUCUGCUGCUCGUACUGCGGUCGUACGUUCGUACGGGCUGGUGACCUUCAAAGCCACCAGAGAACACACACUGGAGAGAAACCGUACGUCUGCACUAUAUGCGGGACCCGUUUCGCCCAGUCUGGGAACCUGAGAGUGCACCAGAUCACGCACACUAAAGAGAGGCCGUACCCUUGUACUGUCUGUGAUAAGGGGUUCACCACACCGGGGAGUCUGAAGGUGCACAUGAGGCUCCAUACAGGGGAGAAGCCGUACGUCUGUAGCCUGUGUGGGAAAGGGUUCCAUGUACCCAAAUUGCUGAAGAAACACCAGGAGCAUCACACAAGUGAGAUGACAGCCUCCUUGGACAUGACAUAGGAAAAGCCUUCAAUUUGUCUGGAGGACUUUUAUUUUGGAAAACACAUGUCCUCAAUGAGACCAGUGGCCAGUACUUUAGUCACUGAGGCCUAUCCUUUCUCAAUUCAUCUUUCCUCAAUUAUCUCGCAUCCUCUCUCCUCACCUCCUCAACUGUAUUGGAGGAGAAUAUCUAAAGUCCCUCCCCUCAGACCUUCUUCUCCAAUGAGUUUUGAGAAGAAGCUGAGGAGAGAGAAUGCAAAGACUUGAGGACUGAUGAAUUGAGAAAAAAAAUCCAGGUUUCUCUGCUGCUCUCAUUAACACUAGCAUCGCUGGGCCUCGGGCACGUACCAGUGGAACGUCUACAUUUGAAACAGUCUAUAAAUCCAUUUAAGGACAUGAGUUUUCAAAUUAAGAGUCAUCUGAAAUUGUGCUCCAAAUGUGCUUUUCAACAUCUCACUAGUCAUGACUGAAUUUGUAGUGCUUCAUUUAGUGAUACAGCCUUCAUAAAGCUACUCUAGGUUAACAACAUAUAUGAAGACAGUAAUGAUAUAUAUAAUGAUGUGUUACAUCAUGUGUUGCCCUCUUUAGGUAGCCUAGUGGUUAGAGCAUUGGGCCAGUAACUGAAAGGUUGCUAGAUCGAAUCCCUGAGCUGACAA